AUGCAUGUUCAAUUUCUUCUGAAGACACUCGCUUUUACUUUUGGCCUCGUGCAGGCGCAAAACACCUCGGCACCAAUUGUUGAUCUUGGCUACGCACUACAUCAGGGAUCUGCCAUCAAGGGUGGAAACUACUACAACUUUUCGAACAUUCCCUACGCCGAGCCUCCCCUUGGAGAUCUCCGGUUCAGAUCUCCACAGCUCCCUUCCGUCAACCGUUCCGUCCUCAACGAUGGUGUUGUCGCUGGCACUGGUUCGACGGGACGCGACCCCAUGGAAACUGAAGACUGCCUCUUACUCGACGUGGUCGUGCCGAAGAAGGUCUUCGAGAGCAACAGCUCCGCUCCAGUCCUUGUGCACAUCCACGGCGGCGGAUAUGUCGUUGGGUCCAAGAUUUACUUCAGCGAUCCGUCUUACCUGCUUGCUAAGAGCUCGGACAACAUGAUCGUUGUUGGAAUAAACUACCGACUGGGCGCCCUCGGAUGGUUGGCGGGCCCUUCGUUCCAGAAGGAUGGCACCGCGAAUGCAGGUCUGCUUGAUCAACGCAUGGCUCUGGAGUGGGUUCAACAACACAUCCAUCUCUUCGGCGGCGACAAAGACCAAGUUACUGUCAUGGGCGAGUCUGCCGGUGCCGGAUCUAUUGUGCACCACGUUACCGCAUACGGUGGCAAAGCUACUGUUCCAUUCCAAAGGGCUAUUCCCCAGUCUCCGGCCUGGAUCAUGACCUCGCAGUCUUCCCACUACCUCGAGACCACGUUCCAAGACUUCCUCAGCGCCGCGAACGUCACCUCCCUUGCUGAACUCCGUGCCCUGUCAUCUGAACAACUGCUGGAAGCGAACUCGCAAGCAAUCUCGGCCGCUCCACUCGGCCAGUACAUCUACGGACCAUCUGUCGACGGCGACCUCAUCACCGCAGACGCCAAGCAACUUCUCAUCCACGGCCAAUUCAACCCCAACGUCAGUCUCAUAGUCGGCCACACGGAAAGCGAAGGCUACGGCUUCGUUCCCACCAACCUGACAGACUACAACGCCUUCCUCUCCGGCUAUUUCCCCGAAACCGCCGUCGAUGUGCGGGCCUACAUCGAAGACACGUUGUAUCCGCCCGUCUACAACACGUCUUUCUACAACAACACUUCGGCUCGCGCAUCUCGCACCGUAGCUGACUCCAUCAUUAACUGCAAUGCCGGGGCCUUGGCUUCUGCUUAUGCUAAUAAUUCCUAUGCCUACAACUUCGCCGUCCAGCCAGCCAUUCACGGGUCCGACUACUCUUAUACCUGGUACGGGUCCGUGGCCGUGGCGAAUUCGACUAUCGCGGACGCGCUGCAGGAUUACAUCAUCUCCUUCAUUACCACUGGGAAGCCAACCACCAGUGUGUCGGGCGUCCCUGAUAUGGAGGUGUAUGGGUCGGAAGCUGUUGCUAUCAAUUUUGAUACUAGUGGCAUCGUCAAGACCACCGAUAUCGCAGCUAAUGAGCGUUGUGCUUGGUGGGAAUUGAGCAUGAUGGUGUAA